AUAAACGCAGCGAACAAAACGCCAAAACUUGGUAGUUUAGUGUAUUCCUUCAAAUCCAUUUUUCCUCCAUCAAAACCAGAACACCCCCGACCCCUGUUCGAGGCUCUGAAAAAGAGAACUGGAGAAAAGCAAGCAUCCGCCGUUUGUGCAGAAAGUUGAGCCACCGCUCCUUCAAAUCUCCCAAACAAAAACAUCCAACCUUAAAAACAAGCAUCCCAUUUGACAAGGAAUUUUUUUUUUUUUAAAAUUUAAUUAUUGCUUAGAGUUACAGCUGAUAUGAGUGGAGUGGUGCUAGGCUUGCCAGGGCCAUGGGCUGAGCAUUAUCGUGAGCCCUCUGAUCAUUAUACUACGAAAAUUGGUGGACUUCCUGACUGGCCUCUUCCCAUUGAGGCUUUAAACCCCAGUCUUAUUCACUGCACUAAAUGUGGAAGUAAACUGUGUCUUGUUGCUCAGGUUUAUGCUCCAGUUUCAAGUGAAACUUUAAAGAUAGAGGAGCGUCUUCUUCUUGUUUUUGGUUGUGUGACACCAACUUGUGGUAGCACUCCUCUCAGUUGGCGAGCUCUUCGAAUUCAGAAAGUGGAAAAUGAUGCAAAAGAAUUUUCCUCCACUGCUACUCAGGAAAAAGUUCCUGCAGCUGCAUCUCCAGUUUCUGUUUCAAAAACUAACUGGUGGCAGAAGUUGGGUGAUGAGGAUGACGAAGAUGUGGAUCUGGAGGAUUUGAGUAAAGCAUUUUCUGAAGCAGCAAGCUUGACUUCUCAACCCAAGAAGACAAAUAGCAACCGGAAUUCUGAGACUGCUGUGAAGCAUCCUUCGCCUUUAACUGCACAGACAAUAAGGAUAGAUACUGAUACACCUGUGAUGCCUUGCUUCUACAUUUAUAGUCAGGCAGAACCGUCAUCAAAGAAUUUUGCUUCUAUGUAUUCAAAUUACACAUCACUUUCUGUCAAGGAGAAAGAAGGUGAUGUUGAUGAUCAUGGACAAGAAGAAACAUGGGAAGCAGAAAAUUAUGAAUACGAUAAAGCUUUGUCUGCUGACAGGACUUACCUCAAGUUCAAGAAACAAUUGGAUGCAUCUCCAGAGCAGUGUUUCAGAUAUGCAUUUGGAGGGAAGCCUCUUCUGGCUGUGGCAGAGGUGGGAGAUGCUGGGAAGUGUAGGCUUUGUGGUGCUUCAAGGCACUUUGAGAUGCAGCUUAUGCCCCCAUUAAUAUAUUUUCUUCAAGAAGAAGCUGAUGCUUGUCAUAAAGCUUCUCUAGAGAACUGGAAUUGGCUGAUGCUUGCUGUCUAUACUUGUUCCAAGAGCUGUUCUAAGCCAUUUGAUAAAGAGAAGUCCAACAGUGGCGAUUGGUUUGUGGUGGAGGAGACCGUUAUCGUGCAAUUUGAGAAACCCUUAAAUGAGUGUGCUCAACGCUAUUUCUCAUGAUUUAUUACGGUUGACGUGGACCAUGACGCACUGGCAUGUUAGGGACUGUCUAAAUUUGUAAAAUUCUAUUUGCUUAGGUGGUAGCAUUUGACUAAUCUUUCUGCUACUGCUAACAUUAUGAUCCCUCUUUGCUUUAGUUUAAAUUCUUUUGUUCAGAUUGGUUAGCUGAAUCAGUUAGCAUAUCCUAUGUACUU